GCCACGCACACAACACAAGCGGACAUCAUGACUUCUUCUAGGUUAUUUAUUUACUUAUUUCUUGCCCUGCAUCUCCACGUUGCGCCUCCGUUCUCUGCGGUAGCAACGGAGAUAAAGGAUGAGGUUAAAGUGGAAGUUUUGUUUGUGCCGGAAAACUGCACACAGAAGACUGGGAAAGGGGAUUUGGUAAAUGCCCACUACGAUGGAUACCUUCAGGACGGAACAAAGUUUUACUGCAGUCGGUCAGUGAAGGAUGGGCACCCUCAGUGGUUUGUUCUGGGUGUUGGGCAAGUAUUAAAAGGCCUUGACAUGGGAUUGAUGGAGAUGUGUGCUGGAGAAAAACGAAAACUUACUGUGCCUCCCUCAUUAGCGUUUGGAUCGAAAGGGAAAGCCCCUGUUCCACCAAAUGCGACAGUAAUCUUUGAAGUGGAGCUUUACUCAGUGGCCCGAGGUCCACGUAGCUUGGAGGCCUUCAACGAGAUGGACAUAGACCAAGAUAAGAGUCUUACGGAAGAGGAGAUCAGACAAUACCUGAAGACACAGGAUUUGAAAAACACCGGCAAAACUAAAGAAGAGACCUUCUAUGAUGGAGUCGUUAAAGAUGUAUUACGCAGGAAUGAUGCUGACAGAGACGGAACUCUAUCUGUAAAAGAGUACAAUGUCUUUGGACAUGAUGAACUUUAGCCUUCAACCAAAGUGUUUUUAAUUGUGUUUUUUAUGUCGUUACAAACCUCACAAUUGCACAGAUUUCCUACAGAAAUACCACUAAUGUGACAGUAA